AUGGAGAUAUUAACCGCAGAGCAAGCUGGCCUCACCGGAGCUAUACCAAAAGAGAUCGGUAAUCUUCGCAAUUUGGGAGUAUUAGAAAUGGAUUUGAAUAGUUUAAGAGGCCAUGGACUACCCAAUCUAGAACAACUUUGUUUGGGUUCCAAUACUCUUACUGGAGUUAUCCCCGACUCUAUUUCCAAUGCUUCUAAACUUACUAAGCUUGAUCUCAUUUCCAAUAGAUUCAGUGGCCCAAUUCCGAACUCACUUGGCAGUUUAAAACUCCUGGAGAUUCUAAACUUGGGAAGGAACAAUUUAACUUGUGCAUCUUCAUCGUCAGAAUCAGAACUGCGCUUCAUAACUUCCCUGACAAAUUGUAGAUUUUUGAGAGUGUUAUGGGUAGUUGAUAAUCCUCUAAAUGGCACCAUUUCAGUUUCCAUUGGGAAUUUCUCAACUAGUCUUCAAAAUUUUGCCGCAAGUAAUUGUACAAUCAAAGGAGACAUUCCUGCAGAAAUUGGAAUCGGUAGUUUAAAGGUUGCAAUAGUUAUAGACCUCUCAUCAAAUCAGUUCUCAGGUGAUAUUCCUAGCACAGUUGGUGGUUUGCAAAACGUCAUUAAACUCUUUUUAGACGACAAUAGAUUACAAGGAUCUAUUCCUGAGUCAUUCAGUGGGCUGAUAAGCUUGGAAUUCUUGGAUCUGUCCCAGAACAAUCUCUCUGGCGUGAUACCAAAAUCGUUAGAGGCACUCCAACGGCUUACAUACUUCAAUGUUUCUUUCAAUAGAUUAAGAGGGGAGAUUCCCAAUGGAGGUCCUUUCAUGAACUUCACGAAGGGAUCUUUUAUGUCGAAUGAAGCAUUUUGUGGUGCUCCUUGGUUGCAAUUCCCGCCAUGUGAUUCUAAUUCUCACCAUAGAUCAAAGAACAGGAGAGUGCUUCUAAUUGUAUUUGCCUCGUUGGGGAUUGCAUCUUUAGUUCUUGCUUUGACCAUUGUAUUAUUGCUGAUAAGAGGUCGAAGAAGGAAUCACACACCGGCCCAAAAUGAUCUUUUACCCAAAAUAGUGCAUGAAAGAAUUUCAUACCAUGAACUUCGAAGGGCAACUGAUGGGUUUAGUGAAAGCAACUUAAUCGGCACAGGAAGUUCUGGCUCAGUUUACAAAGGGAUACUUGCGGAUGGGACGUCUUUUGCCAUUAAAGUAUUCAAUAUGCAAAUGGAAGGUGCAUUCAAGAGUUUUGAUAAUGAAUGUGAUGUAUUACGCAACCUUCGCCCCCGAAAUCUAACUAAAGUCAUUAGCAGUUGCUCUAAUCUUGAUUUCAAAGCCUUAGUGCUCGAUUACAUGCCUAAUGGGAGUCUCGAAAAGUGGUUGUAUUCUCACAACUAUUACUUAGACAUUACACAGAGAUUAGACAUAAUGAUAGAUGUGGCAUGUGCAUUGGAAUAUCUUCACCAUGGUUAUUCAACACCUGUGGUACACUGUGAUUUGAAGCCCAGCAAUGUCUUGCUGGAUGUAGAUAUGGUGGGACACUUGACUGAUUUUGGCAUUGCAAAGUUAUUUAGUGCGGCAGAGAGUCUUGUACAAACCACGACCCUUGGAACAGUUGGGUAUAUUCCACCAGGUGACGCUUUCGGCUAG